AUGACUAGCUCCAGUAUUAUACUUGGUAACGAUGCAUUCGACAUAAUCCAACCUAUUGUCGUGUACGGCUUGUCUUUUCCCAUAAGCGUCAUUGGACUUGUGUUUAACGUCAUCAACACAGCGGUGUUUCUCAAAAUUGGGGUCAACGAUUCCGUGUCCGUGUCACUGGUGGCGUUAUUCGUCGCUGAUUUUGUGUUCUUGCUGCUCCAGGCAUAUCGCCCUAUAGCACAAAUGCUCAUGAAGUUAGGACUGACUCACACCUGGUCCGUACACCCAACACAAAUAGCAACCUUUGCCUCGUCUUACAUAUCCAUAUUUUAUCUCAUUUCCACACUGUUGACCACAUACAUAGCCCUUGCUAGGUGUCUGUGUGUGGCUUUAGCAUUCAGAUUUCAGCGUAUCUUCACCGUAAACCAAGCUCGUAUUGUAGUUGUGUCUGUGUAUAUCGGAGCUUUGCUGUCUCACAUACCUCCGAUUCUCAGUCAGAGAUUAGUUUGGCGGUCAAAAGUAAACACACCAAAAGCCAUCCUCGUUGUGGAAAGAGUAGAUCACGAUACGUUUGAGUCGUUUUCGAAGCUUCACAACAUCGUUAACCGGACUUUACUACCUUACUCCUGCCUCGCAAUCUGCAUCCUGUGCCUCAUCGUCUUAACAGUUAAACUGAGGUCAGUCUCACAGUUCCGCGCUAACGCAACCAGAUCAGCCUCGAAGCCAGACCCAAGACUUUCACAUGGUAAACAUGAAUUAGACAAUAAUGCUGAGAAAGAACAGAUCACCAGCUCUUCUCCAUCAGCGCUCAGCAUCAAAGAGAUACAGCUCAUCAAGGCGGUGUUUCUUCUCUGCGCUAUCUUCGUCUGUAGCGCCUCUUUGAGGGCCGCCCUUGGGAUAGCUGUGGUGUGGAUGCCCCAACUUGAAACAGAGCCGAGAUACCGCAGUCUUUACGCCAUCUGUAUGGAAAUCAUUGGAGCUUUCAUGGUUGUGAAUUGUGCAGUUAACUUUAUCAUAUUCUACCAUUACAAUACUUCCUUUAGACAGACUCUGACUUCUCUUACAAAGCGCAGCGUGAAAAAAUAG